AUGAUGAAACACAUCCUCCUGGGCCUGCUGGCCGCUCAGACGGCGCUGAGCACCAGAUUCGUUAUGUACAUCGACCAAUACCACACAAAAGACCUCCCCGGCAAAAACCUCACAGAAGGCAUAACCCACGCCGUAAUGGGCUUCGCCAAAAGCGACCUCUUCACCUCCGAAUCAAGCCCCCACUACGAGCCCUUCGAACCCGUCUCCACAAUGCGAGACCGCUUCAGCCCAGACACCAAAGUCCUCUUCGCAAUCGGCGGCUGGGGCGACACGGAAGGUUUCGCCGCCGGGGCAAAGGACGACACAAGUCGGCAGCAGUACGCGAAGAAUGUCGCUGCCGUUGUUGAGGAGAAUGGCUUCGAUGGUGUGGACAUCGACUGGGAGUAUCCCGGUGGUAAUGGGGAGAAUUACAAGGAUAUUCCGAAUGAGGAGAAGACGGGAGAGAUUGAUGCGUUUCCGAAGUUGUUGGAGGCGAUAAAGAAGGAGUUGCCUGAGGGGAAGAUUCUUUCUAUUGCGACGCCUGGGAAGAAGGGUGAUAUGAUUGCCUAUACGGAUGAGAAUGGGCCUAAAAUCGCUGAGUCUGUGGACAUGGUUAAUGUCAUGUCUUACGACCUGGCUAACCGCCGGAACAAUGUGACGAAGCACCACAGCAGCGUUGAGGACUCGCGUGAGACUAUCAAAGCGUACAAGGGUAUUGGGUUGCCAGCUGGAAAGCUCAACCUUGGAUUUGCGUACUACGCGAAAUGGUUCAUGACUGCUAAGGAUGCGGAUUGCAAGGCUCACCCGCUUGGUUGUGAGAUGCAGGAAUUGGAAACCCCCGAUGGCAAGGACACAGGCAAGUCGGGUGUGUUGACCUUUGAGAAAGGCACGAUGGCCACGCCCAACAAGGAUGACUUGAAGGAGUCGACGGACGGCUCAUGCGGAUACGGGACCAUGACAACCUGUCCCGAGGGACAAUGUUGCAGCCAAUACGGCACUUGCGGCACAACCGACGCCCACUGCCAAGCAGGCUGUCUCUCCGACUACGGCACCUGCAAGGGCCUCUCUAUCAUCGACUCAUGGCGCCGCGCCGACAAGGACGGGCAGCUGGACGAAAAGGCCGGCGGGCAGUACUAUUUCGACGGCGAGGAGGACCUUUUCUGGACGUGGGACACUCCUGAGAUGAUCAAGCGCAAGUUCAAGGACAUUGUGGAUGAGGAGAAGAUCGGGGGUGUUAUGGCGUGGAGUUUGGGUGAGGACACGCUGGAUUUUGCGCAUGUUAAGGCCAUGCAGGAGGGUGUGAAGGAGCGGAGUGCAUGA